UCCUGGUUUCUAAAUAUUUUUUAUAAUUAACAAAAUGUUUUUUAGCUGUAUUUGGGGUGGUAAAAAUAUUGAAUCGUUCUUUCUAGAAGAAAUUUAGUUAUGACCAUGAGGUUGGGUUGGUUUCACGGGUCUAUUACUAAAUUUUCUCCAAAAAAAUUGUUCCGAUUUGACAACCAACUAGUUAACAUAGAAUAAUUGAUAAUAAUUUUUAGUUUUUACGAGCUGAUAAUAAACAAGACAUUAUCAAGAAUUUAAAGUUAAAUUAAAACAUAAGUUUUGAAUUUAAAAUUUUAAAGAAUAUUCCGGUGAAGAACUUUAACAUCAACUUUAUUCAUAUAAUGUUUAAAUAUAAUGAUGAUAAUUUUAUUUUUGAUGUAUCAUGGACAUCUAUUUCUACUCAUUCAAAAUUUGACGAACUAUUUAAAAAAACUUGGAUUGAAAAAGAGGAAAAAAAUUUGUUUAGAUACAAGUACAAAUCACAAAACGUUGUUAGACUACCAGGAAAAUAUCAAUUUAUUAAAGUAUUGAAUAUUGACAGGGCAACAAAAAGACGUACACCAGCCAGUUUUCAUAAAGUGUUACAACCAUUUGAUGACAGUUUAUUCAACUUUACUAAAAUUAAUCAUGAAGAAUAUUUAUUUAAGUUGGAAUCUCCUUACAAUAGUUGUGAAAAUUCUUCUGAUGAUAUAUUAGCCAUAAAUUCAAGUCCAUUAGGAGAUUUUCAUUCAUUGAUUUUGCCAAAAAUAUCAAGUAAAUUACCACAAUCAAUUAAUAAUUACAGUCUUCACUUAUCAUUACAAAUACUAUUAUUAAGUGCUUCCCCAGCUAUGCGUAUUGGUUAUAAUAGUUUAUGUGCUUAUGCUUCAGUGAAUCAUCUUCAUUUGCAUUUUUAUUAUCUACCUUACAAAAUGUAUCUUGAAACUUGUGAAGUAGAAUAUUUAAGUGGAUCUUGCUAUAUCAUAAAAGAUUAUCCUGGAAAAGGUUUUGUGUUUUUUCUGUGUUCAAUAGAUAAAAUACUUGAUCUUGUGAGGAUAUUUUGACAUUUUUAUGGGAAAGGAAAUAAGUUGCUUUGUUUUAGUUUUUCGGAGACAUUUAAAACAAAAAAUGUUUGCGCGACUAACCAAAUUUAAAUAAUAGUUCAUUGCAAAUAAUAAAACUACAUAUGAAAAUAACAAUAUUAUCAGUAAUUCUAUGAUAAAAUUGCAUAAAAAUGUCAGAUAAAUUGACUUAUGGUCCCUUUUCAGCAAUAA